AUGCUCUUCAGCAAGACACUCUCCCUCGUCGCCUCGGCCGUUGCCGUCUGUGCCUCGACCAUCCCUGCCCCUGUUCGGGCUCGCGGCAGCAUCUCUGUGACGCCUCACGACCGCUACUCGUCAUCUGCUGGCGUGCUAGGCUGCAAGAUCGACACCAACCGUGUGGCGUACUGGCCCUCCAACGUUGACUGCGACAACCUGUGCGUCAAAGUCUCUGCCAACGGCCGCAGCGUGCAUCUACUCAAGGUCGACACUUCGGGUGGUGCUCACGACAUCUCCUACGAUGCCUGGAACUACCUCGUCACCGGCAAAUCUGCCCGCGAUGCGCCCACCGUCGGUGGUGGAAUCGACGCCACUUGGGAGAAUGCCCCCUUGUCCGACUGCGCCAACCUCAUCAAGGAACCCCAGGGCCGCCUUGCUCUUUCUGCUGCCAACGGCAUGAACUUCUUCGGCACCUGCGGCAACACCAAGACCGCCCUGUACAACAUCGCCAACCCGGUAUGCACCAAAGGCUACGACGAGGUGUGCACCCUUGCAGCUGGCGCCAAUCAGGCCACCUGCCCACACACUCUCGGUUCUCUGGAUUCUUUGACCUCUCAACCCGUCUGGAACAUUGACUACGGCACUGGUAAGCUGUCACUUGCGGUUUAA